ACUUCACAGGACACAUCCUAUACUGAACUCCCCAGUGCACUAGUUUAUCACAGAAAUCUUUUACGAUUGCAUCGCACGACUUUCACUACAGAGAUCACGAUUACCCUAUUAGAAAGAAAGGAAAACCCAUCACAGGAAUUCUGCACAUCCAGUACCUUCACUUUUUCUUUGCACCGGACCCUCUUUUUACCCCCUGCACUACCAAUGGCUCUAAUCCGUCACUGUGUCACCCUACUACUCAUCUUGUGCUGCUCCAGGCUCUGUGGCGCCAUCCAGUGGCUUGGUCUCACUGUGAAUGGCAGCCGGGUGGCCUGGAAUGAGAGCGAACACUGUCGUUUGCUGGAUGGUUUAGUCCCUGAACAGUCUCAGCUCUGCAAAAGGAAUCUUGAGCUGAUGCAAAGUGUUGUUAAUGCUGCCAAACAGGCCAAGCUGACAUGCCAAAUGACAUUCUCUGACAUGCGCUGGAACUGCUCUUCAGUAGAGAAUGCACCAAACUUCACCCCUGACUUGAGCAAAGGUACCAGGGAAUCUGCCUUUGUUUACGCUCUGGCCUCUGCCACUAUCAGCCAUACCAUUGCUCGUGCUUGUGCCUCAGGGGAGCUGCCCACAUGCUCUUGUGGUGCCACCCCAGCUGAGGUGCCCGGAACAGGCUUCCGAUGGGGAGGAUGUGGGGACAACCUCCAUUAUGGCCUUAACAUGGGCUCUGCUUUCGUUGAUGCUCCAAUGAAGUCAAGCAAGUCAGGAGGGACCCAGGCCACUAAAAUGAUUAAUCUACACAACAACGCAGUUGGCAGACAGGUACUUAUGGACUCUCUGGAGACAAAGUGCAAGUGCCAUGGUGUGUCUGGAUCCUGCUCAGUGAAGACCUGUUGGAAGGGCCUCCAGGAUCUUCCCCAUAUUGCUAAUGAGCUGAAAUCUAAGUACCUUGGUGCCACCAAAGUCAUUCACAGACAGACUGGCACUCGGAGGCAGCUCGUUCCCAGGGAGCUAGACAUCAGGCCAGUGAGAGAGUCUGAGCUGGUGUACCUGGUUAGUUCCCCUGACUACUGCGCAAAGAAUCCCAAAUUGGGCUCAUAUGGAACACAAGACAGGGUGUGCAACAAGACCUCCGUUGGGAGCGACAGCUGUAACCUAAUGUGCUGCGGGCGCGGAUACAACGCAUACACGGAGACCAUCGUAGAGCGCUGUCAGUGCAAGUACUACUGGUGCUGCUAUGUCAUGUGUAAGAAAUGUGAGCGGACAGUGGAGCGAUAUGUCUGCAAGUAAAGCCAUAAUGAACUCCUCACUGUACACUACUAAAGCACUGACAGCCCUCUAUGGUUCUGCAAACAGUCCUUCCCUGGCAGUGGGAGAGGCAGAGCUGGGACUUUAAACUUCUCUUCUGGAUUAAAGCUAGGGGAAGCCAAAUGCAGCUGGUCUGAUCUGCUUGCUCAUCAAUAUAUGGGCCCUGAGUGGCUUCCAGAAACUCAAGUACGAAAUAUGUAUAGUUUCCCCUUCUGAUAUGGAACUGCCAAGCCAUCCUCUUCAGGCUGAAGUCUGAUAGCCAGUAACAACAAUGGAUUUAUUGCCAGGUCAAGGAACCCAAGUGAUACCUCUGGUGACUGAAAAUAGACUGGGUGACAUGUAAUAAUAUGUAUUUAACUAGCAGCACCAGACUGAACAUAUUUAUUAAUACACAUGACCCUCCCAUCAGGCAUUUGCCAUAUGCUGCCAAACUUUGGAGCGGUUAGUUUUCAGGGGCCUGUUAAAGAAGCCAGCAAUGUGACAUAACUUUUUUCUUUUUUUUUUCCUUUCUUUUCAAAAUGAACUUUUAAUAUUGACUGGAAAAUGAGGCACAGAUUACUCACUGGAAAUCUGAAUCUGGGACUUAGGACUCAUUAGGAUUUCGGUUACCACUUGCUAAAAGUCGCCCACUGUAUAUGUGGGUAUGUAUGUAUAUGUGUAUAACGGGAUAUGACGUUCAGAAUUUUCUGGACCUUUUUUAUCUGUAAAGUCUGAAUUUUAGACAUUGAGACAUAAAGUCUUAGAAAAUAGUUUUUUUUUAAUAUUUGUAAAUGUUCUAUUUUUUUAAUAAAAUUGAUAUUUGCUGCA